GUCAGAUGGUACAGGGUUGCUGAAGGCCUGGGCUGGGGCGUGUUGCUUGUCAUGCCUGAAGACAUGAUACCCAAGACCUGGGUAGAGAAGAACAUCCGCACCUGGGGCAUCGACAUCUUCAUUGACCUGGUCAAGAGGGAGCGCCCAGAUGUCUGCCUUGCAGCCAAGCAGUUCGAUGAGUGGCUGGGCCCAGAGGGCAUUGCAGGUGGCAACAUCAACAGCAAGAAGAUGCUGAGCAUUGAGCUGAGAGACACCAGCACAAGUCGCCAGCUUGUAGAGGUGGAGGAAGUGGGAGAC